CACUAGCCUCAAUAGACACCUCGUGAUCUUGUUUCUCGUGAUCUCAUGACUCUCGCUCCGUUCCCACGCUCGCUAGCGCCGAGAGGUUCGUGACAGAUGCUUUGAAUCAGGAGGCCAAGCGAAUCGGUCGUCCACCAUGAGAAAGAUAAACCUAAAUUGGGAAACAUUGUUACUGACCCGCCACCAUUUGCAAGCAUUUGAAGCGAUCGCACUUGCACCAGGGUUAAGUAUUGCAGACAAACAUGCGAUUUGUCAAAGAUCGAAGCAUGGCAUCUCCCGGCCUAGGUCGCACAGCCGGGUCCCAGACAAUCGGUCGUCCAUGAGCUUGCGUCGCACACAAACGUGUAUCUCCCUAUCUCCGUACCCGCAGUGCCACAUCACCAUCUCAGCUGAGCACCCCCUUUUCAUCAUACCAUGUUUAAGAUCGACCAGCCCAUUCUUGUCGACACCGAGGACCCAGAAUAUUACGCAGAGCUUCUCUCCAAGACUUACAGACCCCCAAAUCGGUGGCUAUCCAAUAAAACACUUUGUUCACGCAUCCCCGGCGUUCAGGGUGUCGACGACACCUCCCGGCGCAUACGGGCACUUCUGGAUGCAGUCGCCAAUAUCUCACUCUGCAAACAAGGAAAUGCCUCCGCUACAAUGGCCUGCGUAAAGGCCAAUAAAGGCGCUCUAGAAACGCGAAUAUACAUCGCUUUCAACAACGAAGAUGACGGCGCGGCUAGAAAUUGUCAUGUUCACCUACAGUCCAUCUUUGAUAGGCUUUCCUGUAUCCCCCAUGUAGUAGACGGCUCCCCGAAGGACGUCUCGGCUGAGUUGGAGGGGAUCAUAACUGAAGUCUGCAGAACCAUUCACAAUUACUCAUUCGACCUUUUUGCGUAUCGCGUU